UGGAGAAAGGGAGAGCUAGCUAGCUUGCUACAUAUAUAUAGCUUAUAUUCCUAAGAGAGAUAGCUAAACAAAGCAGGAUCAUUGUGUUCUCCAAAUGGACUCAGCUUCCGGUGGACCUUCCGACCCCAACAGCGUCGGAGAAGAGGCUCCACCAGCAGCAACCGGACCCACGACGACGACGACAGCAGCAGCUUCGGCAUCGUCGUCUCCAGCAGCACCGCCGAGCCGUUACGAGUCGCAGAAGCGGCGAGACUGGAACACGUUCCUGCAGUACCUGAGGAACCACAAGCCGCCGUUGACGCUGGCGCGGUGCAGCGGGGCCCACGUGAUCGAGUUCCUGAAAUACCUCGACCAGUUCGGGAAGACCAAGGUACACAACCAGGGGUGUCCGUACUUCGGUCACCCGAACCCUCCGGCGCCGUGCGCCUGCCCACUCAAGCAGGCCUGGGGUAGCCUCGACGCGCUCAUCGGACGGCUGAGGGCCGCCUACGAGGAGAACGGCGGACGGCCGGAGUCGAACCCGUUCGGUGCACGCGCGGUGAGAAUCUACUUGAGGGAGGUCAGGGAGGGUCAGGCCAAGGCCAGGGGGAUUCCCUACGAGAAAAAGAAACGGAAACGCCCAACCACCGUUACCGUCACCGGGAAUGUGUCGGCGGGGCCCAGUAUUGCUGCUGCUCAACAAGGCGGCGAUGCUGCUGCCUCUGGCGGAGGUGACGGUGGUUCAACUGGUCAAACUACUACUGCUGCUGCUGCUCCUGCGGCUGUUACAACUACUACUGCCGCAGUAUAGGUUCAACUAAUUUUCUCUCUUUUUUUCUUCCUAAAAAUUAUAAUUCUCCGCUUAAAAUUGUGAUUAUGAGGUAUGUAUAUCAAGGCGAUUCUCUCUGAUGAUUAUUGGAUCGACCCAAAUGAACGAAAAUUUUAG